GCUCUACGUGACACCGAAUGCUAAGUGGACCCUCACACCGCGCGUCGACGGCUCGAAAGUCUCCCGCGCGAGUGGCCUCUCUCGUUUUUCAACCCCCCUCCCCUUUUGCCCCUCAUGUAUAUACAGUCAUUUCUUUAUUAUUAUUAUUAUCAUCGUCAUCGCCGUCCUCGCGCGUAUGGCCGGCCGUUAUUGCCACGCCGUCGCGCUCGAUAAAUUAGACGGCCCGCGCCUGCGAUCGUGGCCGGCGAUAAGAUUUCGAUCGCUGCUUAAACGUGCCCGUCUGUAUCAGGUGGUACAUCUCGUGGCCUCGCCGAGAUAUAUCACCGGGCACCCGGGGUAUCUCGUCGCUCCCGGCCAGCUGCCAAGAGGUCGCGUAAGUGUACCGCAGGCGCAUGCAAAUUGGCGUCGACGUCGCCUCACGGUUGCUACCGCCGCUAUGAGUACGUGUCGCAAGACAGUCUACACUGACGGACGCAAUCGGACGAACCACGCGAGGCGCCAAGAUACCGAUCUGCGACAUUUGUUGCAUCACUCGGGCAAGAAUCAUUCAUCAUGUGUAUAAAAAUCGUCGUGUGAUUCGGGAUCACUGUCGAGGUAGCUUCCUUCGAGCGAUCGCCAAUCCGUCGCACUACACCUUGGCGUCUUCCGCGGACUCGAAGAUACUGUAUCUUACGAUUAGAAUUAGAAGCUGUAUUCGGCUUCAAAACGGCGAUCGUCAAAGGUCCAACAAAUCAACUUAUCGCAUUUCGGCCGCCGAAAGAUUUUGAUAAUCGCCCGCGUGUGCGUGUGCAAAGUACGUGCCCCGUCCCCGAGUGGGAUAGGAUCGGCGAGCUCUUCGGCGGAGCGUUCUACUGUGACUGGGAAGAAGGAACGUGAUCUCACCGUCUCUCACACGCUGUCGUGCCUGCGUGACGACGCGCACGUGUCGGCCGCCUGCGAGCUCGCGCACGGCAACUCCUGCUUCUUGCCCCGGGUUUCUUUACGGAGUAAGUACGGAGGAUCAAUUUCAAGUGGCGUUGUCGAGGAGCGAGCGGGUGUCGGUAGCCGCGUAGAUCCACCGAGAUCAUCCCCCUCGGUCGUACACGAUCAUGGUCGCCGCGGACGACAGGAUCGUGCACGCCUCGACGCGCGAGACGAUCGAGCUGCACGUCCUGGCCUUCGUCUAUGGCCUGUACCUGAUAGUCCGACGGUUCCUCAAAUGGGUAUGGGACCCCAAGAAGUUCUUCAUGCUGCAGCAACGGGACCAGCCGCCGCCGUGUCUGGUCGACAACAGCCUCGGCACGCAUUCCUAUUUGAAAAUCAAGGGUGUAAAAUUCCAUUAUGUGGAAGCGGGAGACAAGAAUAAACCACUCGUAUUAUUAUUACAUGGAUUCCCGGAUUGCUGGUUAACUUGGAGGAAACAGAUUCCAUGUCUCGCGGAACAUUACAGGGUAGUGGCUAUAGAUUUAAAAGGAUUCGGCGAUAGCGAUAAACCACUUAAUAGACGAUCUUAUAAAAUCGAAAUUUUAAUAGAUGAAUUGAAACAAUUCAUCCUGACUCUCGGUGUGAAGACAUGUAGUAUAAUCGGUCAUGACCUAGGAGGACUUCUGGGAUGGUAUAUGGUCGCUCUACACAGAGAUCUCAUUUAUAAAUUUAUAGCCAUUUCGAGUCCACAUCCAAAUUUCUAUUGGAAUAGAGUAUCGGGAAGUACUGCAUUAGACAGAAAAUGGCUACAUUUCAGUCGACUACCAUUUCUACCAGAAAUCGAUGUACUCAAGGAGGACUUAUCUAUUAUUAAUGAUGUAUAUCAACAUCUUCAAAUAUCUCAAGAUAACAUAGAGAAAAGUUAUGUCGAAGCGUAUAAAUAUGCCUUUAGUAGAAAAGAGGACUGGACAGGACCAAUUAACUAUUAUCGCAACCUUCCAUUUACAAAACUGAACAUAGAUAGCGGCGAACAGAUUGAUAACAAAACGUUGCUACUAGUUGGAAAUAUAGAUCCUUUUGUAACGAUAGAGAGCAUCAUUCAAAGUGCCGAACACGUAGAAGUGUCCAGGGUUAAAAUCAUAUCAGAAGCACGGCAUUUUCCGCAUCAAGAAGAACCGGAUGCCGUAAAUAAGGCAAUCAUUAAAUUUCUAAUAGGCACAACGUAUAAUUUGGCGCCUGCGAAAACACCCGCAAAGAGUCUCGUAUCCUCCUGGCUAGGAUCUUUAAGUAAUACCGUUAAAUAUGGCAAUCAGGUGAUCGACGUUAUGCAUAAACGAACUAAUGAUAUUGUGAACGUGUUGCCCAAUAAAGCACUUUAUUUGGGACAAACAAGUUAGAUAGUGUUACGUAACAUCAGCGUUAUGUUAUUUAGAACUUUGCACUUUGUUACAAAGAAUUUAGAUAUUCUACCUGCGCUAACGCUGACGUAUGAAACUCAUAAAAGGCUGAUUUGGUCCUAUUUAUUGCUUAAUUUUGAUGUAAGUAUAUAUGGGGGUUGCAAUGGGGAUUUUGUGAAUGACGAAAUCUCAUUAUAUAAAGAUUUCUAUCACAUUCACUUUUAUGCAAGCGAUAUUAUGUUUCGAAUUAUUUUUAAUAUUUUUUACAUAUGUUCCUGAUAAGAUCUGUAUGGGUAAUAUGUAAUGAGUCUUUAAUGAAAUGAACUUUUUAUUAAAUCGCAUAUAACCGUUAUUUAGGAAAAAGAACAUCAAUGGAGAGCAAUGUAAAUGCUUUUGUACAAACACUUUUCAAUGUUUACUUUUUAAAUCUUCAAUAAAACAAAUAUAAUUUUCAUAGUUAAAUAAUAUAGUAAUAUGUGUAAUAUAACUUAUAAUAAUUAUGUACAAAAACUUCGUCUAUAACAAAAUUAUAACAUUACUUAAUAUAAGAGUUUUACUAGAUAUUAAUUGUAUAUCGAUUAGACAUUGUGCGGCAACAGAUAAAUAAUAAAAUUGUGUUGCAUAUUUGAAUCUCAAAGAGCACAGUCGCAAAAUAUCUUUAUAAUAAUUUAACAUUAAGAAGCGAUAUUGUUGUGUGUUCAACAUUUGUAAAAUGAUACGUUAUCGUAUAUAAAAUACAAUGUAUAUAUGUUAUAUAAAUA